AUGGUGAAGACGGAGGACCAGCGGAUGCUGAGGCGAAAUAGGCAACACCUGCUGCGCAUACCCGGAAACGGUACAAGCGAGGAUCAAGACCAGGACACCGAAAGCCCUGAAGACAUGUUCGAUCGGGAUGCAUACAAGCAGCCGAGUGAGCCCCUUCUCAUGCAGCCAACCCCAGACAGGCCAUGGCACCGAGUGGGAAUUGACCUUUUUCAGUUCGGGGGAGCCUCCUAUGUCAUUGUAUAUGAUGCCCACUCCAAUUUCCCUGACGUAGAGAAGCUAAGAAGCACAACGACCAAAGAAGUAAUAGAUAAAAUAUCUGGCAUCUUCUCACGGUACGGCACCCCGGUUGAAGUAUGUACGGACAACGGGCCCCAGUUUGGAUCGCAAGAUUUCCGAGAAUUCGCGCAAAAAUAUGACUUUCAGCACAUCACAUCGAGUCCAGAAUUCCCGCGGUCAAAUGGACUGGCAGAAAAGGGGGUCCAGAUUGUUAAGCGCAUCCUAAAGAACAAUGACUCCCAUGGGGACUUUUGGUUGGGUCUUUUGGCAUAUCGGUCAUCCCCACUAGAAGAUGGUCGCUCUCCGGGCGAACUACUGCAAGGCCGGCACCUUCGCACGACGCUUCCCAAGUACCAAGAUGAUCCCGGCACUACAGUGGAAAAGCAUCGCCAGUCUUCGAAGGGAAAGGCACUACCACCGCUCGAAAGUGGAACUUCAGUGCGCAUUCAUAAUGGAGACUGGUCACGCACAGCGACAGUAAGCGAGCAAGCAGCACCAAGAUCUUACAUGGUGAAGACGGAGGACCAGCGGAUGCUGAGGCGAAAUAGGCAACACCUGCUGCGCAUACCCGGAAACGGUACAAGCGAGGAUCAAGACCAGGACACCGAAAGCCCUGAAGACAUGUUCGAUCGGGACAAAAGCCAGGACUGCAAUACACCGGGAGAACAAGCGCACCGAGACCAACAAGGCAUGGUGGAGCCCACAACUAUAACGCAAGGUGCCGACCAUGAAGGUGACAACUUUUCUGAUGUACGAAAGUCGACCAGGAAACGUACCGAACCUCGACGGUUGCAUUACGACACAAACUUUCACCAAGUUUCCUAA